GCGAGUCCCAAUUUCACCGAGCGACAUAACACGCGAGAAACACCGUAUCAUCAUUAUUUUUUUCUUCCUUUCGCAUCCAUCCAUCCAUCCGUCCGUCUACUUGCACUUCCGAGUACAUCGCCGCCGUCGCGACAUGACGCAACGUCCGAAUUUAUGAUUAAUCGCGGUCCGAUAGUCGCGCGGUUUCUCGUCGCUGUUCCUUUUUCGGCGCAACCGAAGCGGAGCUGAUCGCGAGCUUUGCACGCGCGGCGUACAAGCUCAGAGCUCAUGCGUACACGCACGUACGGAUGCUGCCGCGGAAUAUAAUAGCGGUAAUACGAUGGAACUGGGGCAGUCUUUCUUUGACGCGCGUCUUAGAAGCCUCCACCUGAUUGCCGAGGCGCGCGAAUUUUUAUUUCUGGAUUCACCGAUCGAGUUCUAGUACUUUUUUUUUAUACUCGAUUCUUCGCUGUGAACGCACGUGACUUUUUCUGCUUGAUUGAUUUAGUGGACCUAAUACGACCGGCGUUUCUGUCUUCUUGGAAACUAGAAUGUGGCAGUUAAGGUUUUGGACGUACCUUCUGCUGAUAGCGUUAUCGCUAGCACCAGUGCAGAGGGUUAUAGCGUGUUCUUGCAUGAGGAGUCAUCCACAGACUCUAUUUUGCAAUUCAGAUUUCGUUGCCUUGGUCCGAGUGAAGAAGGUGUUUCCUUCGAACGAGCAUGCGAUUGGAUAUAAUGUGAAAACCAGUAAAAUUUUCAAGGUAAACAGUUCGAAGUCGUAUCACGCUCUGAAGAAAAAUAUCCUGUGGACGCCAUCUUCAGACGGCAUGUGCGGGGUACAUCUUGAAAUCGGAGAAACAUACGUCGUAAGCGGAAGUACGAUGGGUGAUCGAGCACGUAUAUCGAUCUGUGGUUUAUCGAUGCAAUGGAGAACGGUACCAAGCAGACAAAGGAAAGCUUUCAAGGAACUGUACCGUCACGGUUGCAACUGCAGCAUUCAUUACACUCCAUGGUGGUACAAGGGUGCAGUUCUAGCGAACGUGGGAGGCAAAGAGUGUCUAUGGGAGAGCAAACCCGGCCCUGAAGAUUGCCAAAGAGAAUACGGCGUGUGCAAGGCUGGUUCUGGCGGGUGUUCAUGGGUCCCUUCCGUGCCUUACAAGAACUGCAUCAAAGAGCAUCAACAGAAACGCGAACAGCAACGGGCACGAGAACCUUAAAGAAUAUCUCUGCUCCGACGCACGCGAGAGUUCUACGACGUUGCCAGCAUCAGCACGCUUUGCGAAACUUUGCGAUCAUCGUUUUCUUGCGUGAGAAAACUCUUGUGGAACGCGAACUGUCGUGGUCACGCGUUGAGAAAUCAAUGCUAGUUUCGAUGAACUUUCUUCCCUUUAAAUUAGUUUUAACAUCCUGUUGGGACGAAUUUUUGGGAUGUAGCAUUCAUAUAUCGUCGAAAUCUUUCCAACUUGGAGAAAUUUCGUGUUUCGAAUAAUGUAUGAAUUUGAUCGGAGGGUGAAUAAAAAAUUAGUUAGGCAUAAUUGAGCCUGAAAAAUCAUAAUAAUUUAUUGGAUCGAAUUCGAUUUAGGGGAAAAGCUUUGCGGCAUAAAAAACCUUGCAAUAUAUUGCAAGUUCGUUGAUUGAACGGUGAAAGUGUGAACGAUGUAUAUGUAUCUUGUUGAAUACGAUUGUUUGAUUUUAUUCGAGGAGUGUAGGGUCCCACUCGAAUAGCGUUACGAUAUGUGUUUGAUACCACCCUGGUUACAAUUGAAAAUUGAGUUAUUGGGAAAAUUGGAAUACUUAAAGAUGUGAGAAUUUAUGAGUUUCUCAGAUUCGAAGAUUUAAGAGUUUGGGAAUCUUGAAGUCCCCGUCACUGCACGCGCCAGUACUCGAUGUCUACCGAGCAAAGUUGACCAUCAUUUAUUUAAUGCAAUAUAAUCCGACGAAUUCUUGGAACUGUUUACAUUACCAUAAUAAGUUAUUUCGAGAUCACUAGCAUCGCGUUUGUGUCGUCGAAUCUUUCGCGUUCAAUUAAUCACCCUACUUACUAUUCAUCCUUCAAAUUGUCUUCCUACCGCACUCGAAUAAUCGAGAACAUCGAGCGAACCUUAUUCAAUGUUUUAUUUAUUCGCGUCGUGAAGAUAGCUGCUCGCGAAAGGAGUUCAGUCCGUAUCGAUUCAGAAUUGUACGAGAAGAAUCGAUGCUGUUAACCUCGUUCGAUUUUUAACGAAAUCAUUCGGCGAGCUCGGCCACAAUGUAAAUCGACUGAAUCUCGUGAAGCAUGAAGCAGCGAGCGUAUUCGAUUAUCGAUUGGCCAUCCCUUUAGUUGUACAUAUUAGGCUACUCAUGUAUAUUAUGCAUUUUUAAAUUAUUCUCAUGUUUAUUUCGUAGUAUCGUCUCGUCUAUAUGUAUGAAACUGCGUGAAGGAUAUGUUUGAACUUCAGUUUCUAAGAGUCUGCGAAUCAUCGAAAUCUAACAACAAUUGUGAUACGGUCGAAUAUUUAACUUAUCGAGAUAAUAAUUGAUCAGGUUUCUUUGCAAAAAAUUGUCUCAUCAGGAAUAUCAUCCAAAGUCUGAGCAGUCGCUUUCGAAACAUAACUACAGUUAUUUCAGCUGAUCGAUCGUACACCUUCUUCGAACAAGAUAAUAAAUUGAUCUGGAUUCAGAUCAGGUUCUUAAAUUGUUUUGCAUCUUGAUGACAGCGAGCGCUCACAUUUUGAAUGACAUUCUUUAGCAAUGAAGAAACCUUAAUUCAGGGUAGAACUUUAGUACAAAAAAUCGAAAAUUAAUCAACUAGUGUUCGCAUUUCCUAUCACGAGAACCCGCGUAGCACGAGACGAUGUAUAUUUAGUUGAUAGUUCUUCCAUUUGAUAAUUUUUGUAAGUAUCGCAACACGGGAAAUAAACGAGAAACGCAUGGUCGUUCUUUCAGUAAGCACACAAAAGAUUACACUUA